AAACACGUCUACCGCCGUAGUUUCCCUUUUGGACGCAUGAGGGUACAAAUAAACUGGAAACAGGUCAGAUGAAAUCCAUGUUUCAUGAUACUCUUUGAAGAAACAAAUCAACCGUGAUCUUUAACCAGUGGGAGCAUGUCUUCAUUACACUGGAUGUGGACUCUACCAUUUGGUCUGGCAGCAUCAAGCGUAGGGAGAUUCCAUCUGGAUGAGCCGGAGUCGACCCAUAAUCCCCUGGUCUGCCCAACAGACUCCUGUUAAGGUGCAGCAUGUGGCCUUGUGUAGAACCAACCAAAGGGAAAUAACUCACUGCUUUCAUAAAUAUUGAGGCCUUAACUUAACUGAGAAUUUAACAAACUCAAGCCAAAAUGGAUGACCCUUACCAAAACAAUAUAAACCAGCAGGGAGAUACAUAUCCCACAUAUGGAGAAGGAGGAGAGUACACGUACCCUUAUCAGACAGACUACCCUCCUCAGGAGGACGAAGAUGCUGCUAGUGAUGCCACCGAAGGGCAUGAUGAAGAUGAGCAGAUGUAUGAGGGGGAGUACCAAGGCAUCCCUCAUCCGGACGAGAUCAAGGAGGCGCGGAGAGCCGCACGAAGGGAGGCUCGUAUGAAGGCCAGGAUGGCAGCUGAGGUCGUAGAUGAAACGUUGCCUGAGCAAUACGAGAGCAUCAUGGAAGACUGCGGUCACGGGCGCUUCCAGUGGACCCUCUUCACGGUGCUGGGUCUGGCCCUGAUGGCUGAUGGUGUGGAGUGCUUUGUAGUGAGUUUCGCCCUGCCCAGUGCUGAGAAGGACAUGUGCCUGUCGAAUGCUGACAAGGGAAUGCUGGGUUUAAUAGUGUACGUGGGCAUGAUGGUCGGCGCUGUCGUGUGGGGGGGUCUGGCUGAUAAACUGGGCAGACGACAGUGUUUACUCUACGCUCUGGCCAUCAACUGCAUCUUCUCUUUCCUGUCUUGCUUCGCACAGAGCUACGGCUUCUUCAUCUUCUUCAGACUCUGCUCGGGAAUUGGGAUCGGAGGAUCAAUCCCUGUCGUGUACACAUACUACGCUGAGUUCCUGCAGAUGGAUAAGAGAGGAGAACAUCUCAGCUGGCUGUGCUUGUUCUGGAUGCUCGGAGGACUGUACGCUUCCUUCACCGCAUGGGGAAUCAUCCCACAUUAUGGCUGGGGUUUCAGUAUGGGGACUGAGUUCCAGUUCCACAGUUGGAGGGUGUUUGUGCUGGUUUGCUUCCUUCCCUCUGUGGCUGCUCUCGCUGGGCUGGUGUUCAUGCCAGAAAGUCCCCGUUUCCUCCUGGAGACUGCAAGACACGAUGAGGCCUGGAUGGUCUUGCGGCAGGUCCAUGACACCAACUGGAGGGCAAAGGGAGAGCCAGAAAGAGUGUUUCAAAUUUCGCAGCUCAAGAUACCUCAAACACAAGAUGACGAGUUCAUUGAGAUUCAGAGUGAAACUGGAACUGCCUUUCAGAGAUUCAUGGUCAGACAUAUGACCCUGGUUAAACAGGUCAUGAAGAACAUGAUGUCACUGGCUGCACCUGAUCUCAGACUCCAUGGUUUGUUCAUUGCCAUUGUGUGGUUUACGAUGGCCUUCAGCUUUUAUGGCCUGGGAGCGUGGUUUCCUGACCAGAUCAAGUACCUCCAGUUUGAGGAGUACGAGUCCAACGUCAAGAUCUUCCAUCGUGAGAAAGUGGAACGCUUUCAUUUUAACUUCACUCUGCAAAAUCAGGUCCACAAAGAGGGGGAGUAUAUCCAUGACAGGUUUAUCAACAUAGAAAUAAGAAACGUGAAGUUUGAGGAGUCCCUGUUUGAGAACUGUUAUUUUGAGGACAUCAGAUCAACAGAGACCUUCUUUGAAAACUGCACCCUUAAAAACACAGUCUUCUACAAUACUGACCUGUGGGAAGAUUCCAAGUUUAUUAACUGUAAGCUGGAAAAUACAACAUUUCUGCACCCCAAAAAAGGCUGCCAUCUAAAUUUCCAAGAGGAAAAUGACAUCCUGAUCUAUCUAGUCAGCUUCCUGGGCAGUUUGUCUGUGAUACCGGGCAACAUCUUAGCAGGUCUAUUAAUGGAUAAAAUAGGACGACUUAAAAUUAUAGGGGGAUCCAUGUUAGUCUCCGCCCUCUGCACGUUCUUCCUGCUCCUGUGUUUCAGUCAGUGGGCUGUCGUCCUGUUCCAGUGCCUCUUCUUCGCAGCCGGUGCGGCAGCCUGGAAUGGCAUCGAGGUCGUCACUGUGGAGCUCUAUCCAGCCUCGAAAAGAGCCACAGCUUUUGGUGUGCUGAAUGGCACAUGUAAACUGGCAGCUAUCAUUAGCACUUUCAUCUUUGGCAAGUUCAUCGGCAUCACCAAGAUUAUCCCGAUCAUCCUGUCCUUCUCAGCGCUGGUGUGCGGAGGACUGCUAGCAUUUAAGUUACCUGAGACUCGGGAGGUCAUUCUUCAGUGAAAAAGCCAAACUCCUCAAGGCCUCAGCGUUUGGUCCAGCUGGACACUGGAUGACCGCAUGCUUAGACUAAUGAACACUAACAGGAAGAGGGCUGAAAGCUGAAAUGGUGUUAUGUAUGUUAGAACCACCGUACCGUAAUAUUACUUUCAUAGUAUUACUUCUUUUAAGCUAAAGAUGUAGAGCAUAUGUUUAUGUUGUUCACGGUGGCUGUAUUUUGAGUAAGAAAUCCAGUAUGUGGAAAUAUGGGGCAAUAUCUUUGCUACAAUGGUACAAAUUGAUUUAGAGAUGAGUAUUGAUAUCAAAUUCACUUUUUUUUAUAUUGGAACAAAUAACUUUGAGUGUAAGUUCAAUCUUUUAAUGAGAUCUCUGCGUUUUACUUUUAUUUAAUAUGUAAUAUUAAAAUUCUCCAACUUCAUCCGCUCACCAACUUUUGGUCAUCAGCUAGUUUUUGUUGUGUCGUAUUUGUUAACUACUGUGGUAUAUAUUUAUUUCACAUUAGAUAAUUAUAUUUUCACUGUGUUUUAAUUCUAAUAUUCUUGGAUCUUUUCAACUAUUAUUUGUCAUGCCUUUCAGUAGAAGACGAUCAUCAUACUACAGCAGAAUGACAUUGUUUGUAUGAAAAUAGACAUUUUUAAAAUUGACUUGUAUGUGAAGUAUGUAUAAUGCUCAUUUUCCUGUGAGGAAAAAAAAAGUAGAUCAUGUGAUUUUGAUUUUAUUUGUCUCCUUUUUAGUAAAUAUGUAGGAAUGGCUCACAAAUGAUCAUUAUUAUUAUUUUUCACGUUUGACCACAGAAAAGGCUGUAUUUUAAAAAAAGACUGAUUAAAUGCUACAACAGCUUUAUGUCGAGAGAAAUCUAAAAGAAAUUCUUUUUAUAUUUCAUGUUCAAAUAAGAAAAGAUCAGUUCACCUUUUGUUUUGUUUGUUCUGGUUUGUGAUGGUAUAAAAAUAAAAUAUAAAACA